AUGGUGAAAAUAGUUUUGAUUUUAUUUUUUAUUGAUGCUGACAAAGAAAAUUAUAUGAAAUAUUAUGAGAUUAGUUUAAAAUUAACUCGUCCAAAUGGUUUAAUUGUUAUUGAUAAUACGUUAUGGUGUGGUAGAAUAUUCAAUCCAAAUGAUAACGAAGAAGGAACAAAGGUUGUGCGUCAAAUUAAUGAACAUAUUAAAAAUGAUCAAAGUAUCGAUGUUAGUUUUUUACGUUUGGGCGAUGGUAUAACGUUUUGUCGAAAAAAAUAG